UACUCAGACUGGGGCUCCUGAGCAGGAAGUUUGGAGGCAAAGAGUGGAAAAUGGCCGGACGGCAUCAACACAGAACAUCCAGACUGAGCAAUGUCCAGAGCAACAACGCGCUCUGCUGUGAAAUUUCAGCGCCAAACCCGAAGUGAAUCAUGAUUUUCAUCGCUCUGACUGUUUUCCUACGAGCUGGAUUCUUAACAUGGCGAGACUUUCUGUCAGGAAGCUCUUUGCUCUGUGCCUCUGCCUUUCAGCCUUCGUUUUUCUCAUUAUAACUUUUCAGGUUGUGGAGGAGCUGGGCCAGUUUGAACUUGCAGCACACAGACUCCCCCUUAAGGAAAGAGAAGAGUUAACACAAAUCCAGCCCUUCGCAGACAGCGGUGUGCUCACUGAAGAGAGGUUAUCUGCUGCUUCUGAAGACUGGUACCCCUUUAUAGUGUGGUGGUCUCCACUGACCGGUGAGCUGGGGCGGCUUGGGGAGUGUGGCAACAACAGAUGCUUUUUCACCAUCAACAAAUCCUACCAUUCUCAUCCUUCUACACAUGCCUUCCUGUUUUAUGGUACAGACCUCAACAUUGAGAGUCUCCCUCUGCCAAGGAAGGAACACCACCACUGGGCUCUGUUCCAUGAGGAGUCUCCCAAAAACAACUACAAGCUCUUCCACAAACCUGUCGUCACCCUUUUCAACCACACAGCCACGUUCAGCCGCCUCUCCCACCUCCCACUCACCACCCAGCACUUGGAGAGCCUUCGACUACUGACCUCCCACACGUUUCUGCUGCCCCUUGCUCAGAAGAACCACCUGAGACACACUCUGGCUCCUGUGAUCUACGUGCAGUCAGACUGCGAUCCGCCUUCAGAUCGAGACGUCUAUGUGCAGGAGCUGAUGAAGCACAUCCAAGUGGACUCUUAUGGCCAGUGCUUGCACAACAAGGAUCUUCCCUCCCACUUGAGGGACUCUACAGCCAUGGAGGAGCAGAGCUUCUACCAGAUUCUAGCCCAGUAUAAGUUCAUCCUAGCCUUUGAAAAUGCCAUCUGUGAUGACUACAUCACUGAGAAACUGUGGCGGCCACUCAAGCUAGGAGUGGUCCCUGUGUACUAUGGAGCCCCUAAUGUUCACAUGUGGCUGCCGAGUAACAGGAGUGCCAUUGUGGUCGACCCUAAUGAACCCCCAGAGAAGCUGGCCCAGUAUUUGAAGAGGCUGGACAAGAAUGACUGGGAGUAUUUAACAUACCUGGAUUGGAAGCUGAAACAAGAGGUUUCUAACCAGAGACUUGUUACAGAACUGAAGGAGCGUAAGUGGGGCGUCCAGGAUAUCACCCAGGAUAACUUUAUUGACGUCUUUGAGUGCAUGGUGUGUAACAGAGUCUGGGAGAACAUCAACAGACAAAAUGAGGGACUACCUUUGCGGCUCUGGCAGGCUGAGGGAGAUCAUCUAAGAUGCCCACCUCCGAAGCUAUUUGACUUCACUGUAGAUCCUUCCAGCAGCUCCUCUUUGCGCCACCUUUGGAGAGCCAGUUAUGACCAGUCAGUGAAAGAGGCCAGAGCUCUGAGACGGCUAGCACUGAGGAAUAGAAACUUCACGGUCACGCAGUUCUGGAGUGAGGUCUUCAGUGACUGAAAAACACUGCUUGAAGUGUGUCUGAGUGGGAUCAUUUAAGCUCCUAAAGGUGGAGUAAGUAGAAUUUUCUGUUAAAUGAUGCAGUAUUAAUUAUGCACAUACAUAGACUGUACAUACAUACGUCUAUAUGUAUGGUACCUUUUAUAGGAAGGUCAAAAAAAACUUCAGUGUGCAUUAAUCCAAAUAAUGUGUUAAUUGCUAAUUCUGGACCAUUUCUUUUUUCUCUGACUUUUGUCUCUGUCCUGUAUGUAUAUUAGAAUGUCACCUGUUUAUACAAAGUUGGUUUGUUAGGCCAACUAACUAUUCUGAUAUAAUCCAUGUGUCCAGCAGUGAGACUUUACCAUGAAGCUGAGAAGCUUCAAUUCUGUAUGUUUUUCUUCUAUAUCUGAUUGAAUGUGCCUGUUCAAACAAGCUAUGGGCAUAUGAUCAUUUGCUGGAAUUGUUGGUCUGUAUAGGACUGUUGAUCAUAUAAUAAUAUUUUUGCUGCUUAUAAUUCAAAGAACAGAUCAGACAUGAAAAAUUAAGAUUGGACAGGCUGCUUUCAUUUGACGUUUCCUACGAAAUUAACAAAGAUGCAAGAAAUAGUACUUAUUAUUCACUCAAAUCUUUUUUAAAAUCUUAAAAUUUUUUUUACAAUAUUUAAAAAAAUACUCUGUUUCUGAUUUUUGGAGGUGCCUGACCACAAGCUUUUUUUGAGAUACAUUUUUACUGCUGUUUCUGUGAUUUUUAGGUCUUUAAACUGUGCAAAUCACAAAACAGCAGCAGGUUUAAAGCAUCCAAAAUGAUGAAUAUUUAAAACAAUAAAGAAGCUGCUUCUGGAAGGAGAUCAAUGAUCUUUUGUGAAAAAUAGCACAGUGUGAAUUAAUUCAUGCUUUUAAUACCAGCGUUUUUCUGAUAUGAAUCAUAUUCGUAGGCAUGUUUUAGUAACAGUGGGUCAUAUUUAUUAAGCUUCUCAGAGUAAGAACACUAUGAGAGAUCUGAGAUCAGGUCUCAGCCAAGAUAAGCCUUUUCAGUGCUCUAAAAAAGGCAUGAACUUAUCCGAGAUCAGUUUACACCUUUUAUAUCUGCGCUGUUUGACGGAUAUGGGCCAUUGUUUUAUUCUAUAAAAAAUAACCUAUAUUAAAUAUGCAUAAUGUGUCUCUUGCAACUAACUUUGAGUUUAUCUCAGGGUCGCACAAAAUUUUGCAUUAAUGUUAACUUCUGAUGCAACAGCGGCUAGACUAUGCACAACCAAGCAGUCUUCACCUAACUGAACCAGUUAAAUGAAUUAUAUAUAUAUAGGAAUCCAGCUUUAUAUGGUGUACCACCCGAGAAAUCCAACUUGGUAUUUGUGUUUAAUAUGAUAUUAAGCAGUAUUUGAAAAAAGCCUUUGAAGUCAGCUAUAGUCAUUCCAUAUUUUUUACUGUGCAUGAACAUGUGCAAGUAUUCAGAAUACAGAAAUGAAGAAUCUGUAUUUAGUCCACAUUACAUUGUGAAUCAGCAGUAUUCAGAAUACAGCUACUUUUAGGAAAAUACAUUUAGAUUACUUACCCGCUAAAAACACAAUCUUUAAAAGAAACACUGCCCAUGCUUGUUUAUUAACUACUUUUAAAUCAGUGAACAGUGUGUAGCUCACAUCAUUGGAGGGAGUCAAAAGAGGAAACCAACAAAUGGCUUGAUGCUGAAGUUUCUGCUAAAGCCUCAGUAGACUGAUAAAUCAAUGUGAUCAGUUAUUAAUCUCAGUGUUACUGAGCUCUACUAAAGCCUGAGUAGACU